CUUCUAUAACCGUCUUUAUCGCCGUUAUAUCCUUCGCCUCUUCUCUCCCUCUCUCUCUCUCUCGCUCGCUCGCUCGCUCGCCCAGUUCCGAUUCAGCUCGCUCUCUUUCGCGCACACGGACGGGCACAUGUGUGCGCACGUCGACUCGAGCUUUCUCGGGUUCGCCGCUGCGUAGGAUCGCGGCGCCUUUAGCCUCUCUCUAGCUCUCUCGCUGUACCUAUACUUAUUACUUACUCGCGACUCUGUGUGCGCUGCUGGUUCCUCCUUCCGCUGAAUGAAAAUAAGGCCGCUUCCUGCGGUUCUUUUCCUCCGCUGAUGGCUCGUCUAGUUUUUCGAGACAACUCCGAUGAGUGUCCAUCUAAAAUCGAUUCAGCCGGCUAUUUUUGCGCAUUAUAUCUAGAGAGAGAAAGAGCGAGUAGGUGCCGCGUUUCGCAAAGCCCGUGUUGUCCGUCACUGGCUGGCGCCAAGUGUAAAAACACGACUCUCUUUUCCGUGUACACGAGCGAGGUGUGCGCCUCUCCGACUCUGCGCGAACACACAACAUCACUAAUUGUAACGAGUGACUAAUAGGCUAGCCACGCGCGAUAUGGCAGCUUAUUCUGGCCACUGCUCUCGCUCUCUCUCUCUCUCUCUCUCUCUCUCUCUCUCUCUCUCUCUCUCCCUGGCGGGAAAUUUGAAUUGACAAUUUCGAGCACGACAAUGUUUCCCUUGCAAUAUUUAUGACGAACGCGUUCGCGGAGGACGACUCGGAAUGCGUGUCGCGAAAAAUUUUCGCUGAAUGCGAUCCGCAGGAAUUCGAAGCGCUCUCGGCCCGCUAGAUGGCGCUGCUGCCACGCAGGAGGACGGCACGAGAGCGAGCGAGCGAUGAUGUGAUGCAUGCAACGAAUUUUAUGGAAUGUAAAUUAUUGCCGGAAUUGUGUAACGCGCGCGCGGAAGCAUUAAUCGCGGCCGCGAUUGAAAAAGUCGGGGAACUCGCUCGUUAUCCUCCUCGCGAUAAUUGCGAGCGCUGGCAGCGCGAAACGUACAGAGCCCCAGCUCGUUCAAUUAAAACCGGAUCUCGCUGUCCGUCUCUCUAUUUACCUCCCUGGGCACACACGCGCUAAACAAUAACAUCAACAACAGCAGCAGCAGCAGCAGCAGCAGCAGUAGAUAGCGUCGAUCGUUAAAUCGGAGCAGUCGUCGGUGUUUGCCAAUUACAGGCGGCGACUUCAUUCAAGCCUCGUGAAAAAAAGCUUCGCACCCUCGCCGCGAACAGAGGGUGGACGUGGAAACGAGGCUAGGGAGAUGGGGAGAAAGAGAGAGAGAGAGAGAGAGAGAGAGUGGAAUUCCAAUUUUCCAGGCCUAGCCUCGCGGGGAAAACGUUAAUCGUUAACGAGGAUAGCGCGAGAGGGGAUGAGGUCGCUAGUCGAGGCGCGAGGGGUGGGGAUCUCUCUGUCUCUCGCUCCGACUCGGGGUGGAAACGUCCAAGGCGAGGCUGACAUCAGCAGGUACGAGAGAGAGAGAGAGAGAGAGAGCCGGCGAGUCGACGUCUGUAUAGUCGAAAAUCUCAUCAGCCGCUCUCGCUGCAGCGGCGAACACACCUGCGACGGGUACGUCUCUCUCCGUGGAGCGUGCGCGCGAGAGGGCUGCAGGACUCCUGCUGGCGCAGCGGCGAACUACCCUGCUAUAUCAGCGGACGCAUCUUCUCUCUCAGUUAUAGCCAGAGCGAGGCCGAUAAGAGCGUGUGUGGGCCACGAUUGACUAUCUCUCUCUGUACGCGGGGGCUGGAGUGAGAGAGAGAGAGAAAGUGCGCGACCAGUGCGUGUGCGCGAGGGAGUAAGGGUCUCUCGAAUCACGCGUAACGGAAGCAAGCAAGUCAGUCAGUCAGUCAGUGGUGCUGCCGUAGGGAUUGAUUGAGCAGCAGCAACAGCGCAGCGCGAUAGUGGUGCUCUGUGUGUGUGUACGCGCGAGCGCGAAAGGGGCGUUUUCUCUCUCUCUCUCUCUCUCUCUCUCUCACGCGCGCGGCAGCGUCGCAGUACCUACACCCACUACAGCGAGGCACGCAGCGGGAGCUUUUUUCAUUAAAAAACACCGACCGACCAACACCGACGCCAUGGCUGACCAACUGACGGAAGAGCAGAUCGCCGAGUUCAAGGAGGCGUUCUCGCUGUUCGACAAGGACGGCGACGGCACCAUCACCACCAAGGAGUUGGGCACGGUCAUGCGCUCCCUCGGACAGAACCCCACAGAGGCCGAGCUCCAGGACAUGAUCAACGAGGUCGACGCCGAUGGUAACGGCACGAUCGACUUCCCCGAGUUCUUGACCAUGAUGGCGCGCAAGAUGAAGGACACGGACAGCGAGGAGGAGAUCAGGGAGGCCUUCAGGGUGUUCGACAAGGACGGCAACGGUUUCAUCUCCGCGGCCGAGCUCCGACACGUCAUGACAAACCUCGGCGAGAAGCUCACCGACGAGGAGGUCGAUGAAAUGAUCCGGGAGGCGGACAUCGACGGCGACGGUCAGGUUAAUUACGAAGAAUUCGUCACAAUGAUGACAUCAAAGUGAAUCAACCAAUGUGCUUGGGAAAACUCGCGACUUAGAGUGGUGUUGACGUACUAAAGAAAAAAAACAUGAAGAAUCAAGCGAUAAAAACAAAAAACCAUAAAUGAAAAACGUCUCAACCAAAAAAGUGGAAAAAAAGUCUUGUAUCAGGAUGCAAAGGAGUCUUGAACACGAGAUGUUAAUGUCCCGUUCGACAUGUAUUAAUCGUCGUUUACGAUAAGUAAUAAGGGCAAUUAAUAUUAUUUAAUUCAGAGUCUACCAGCAAACAAAGCAAACAUAACAAAACAGAUAUUUAAAAGAACAAAAAAAAAUGAUUAAAAAAAGUAAUAAGUAUAAAACUACCAAUCAGCCAUUUUUCUUAGCAAGUGCGUGCGCGUGCGCGCGGGCACACACCUGUUAACAAAUGUGUCGUCAAUAUGCUUUUAUUUGCGAACGAUAUAGAACACAAACUUUAAGGUAAAAGAAAAAAAUCAUUACAAAGCAACAAACAAUUCGAGUCUAUGUGUAUCGCACGAGGGCACGCAACAACUACAACAACAUCAACUAAACAACAACAACCAAAACGAAAACUUUGCAUUUCUGCUUUCCUUUCCGACUUUACUCACCCGAUUUCCACUCCGCUCUUUCCUCGAAUUCUCCUUUUUGACGAAAUAUCAUAUUUAAUGUAAAAAAGGGAAGGCUAAAGGAACGGGCGCGUUAAGUGAAAUCGUAAUUUAAAGAAAAAAAGUGAAUAUAGCAUAGUAGAUUUUUCCUUCACGUUUCUUUGAAUAAAGUUUGAUGCGCUUUCCCAGUCGAAUAACAAAAAAAAAAUUGACCAGGUGUCAUUGCUAUAUAAUAUUAAGAGGGAAUGAGAAGAAAAAGAGUCAUAAGAUGAAUACGCAUUGAAUGCUAUGAAACACACGGGAGUUGCGUACAUGAAAGUGGGGGAUGAAAUCUUAUUUGCGACAAUUCAUCAAAUUUUGUUCAAAGGCAGUGUAAUUUUUUAAAUAAAUAUAAUGCAUAUUGAAAUAAAUUAGGAUUAAGUCCUCCCAUUACUGUUAUUAUUGCUAUACAUAUCGAGCUUUCCGAAACCUCUUUUCUCUUUUUCUUCACCUUGCGCUUGUAAACGAAAAUUUAAGAAAUCUAUAAGUAUUGUAUUUGCGAGAAAAAAAUAUUAUAAAAUUUAACCGUUCAACAGAAAGAAUAAGAAAAUGUUGCAGAUUGACGUGAAACGCACGCGUAAAAUUUUCAAUUACUGUGUCAUCCAUUGGUUUCGCAGUCAAUUAGAGUAAAUCUUUCCGUUUUUGUAAAUGCCUUCGUCAACCGAUUUACUUGUCCGAAUACACAUACAAUGUUGUAAUGCUGGUUACGUAAGGUCUCUCGAGUAAUAAACUUUUAAAAAAGUGGAUAUUAAAAUAAAAAAAUUUCGCAAAACGGAUUCGCUCGAUAUUUCAUAACGAUAUCCUAAAGUAAAGUGUGUAGUGUCUGGUAAUUUAAUUUAUAUAAGUAAAACACGCUGAGAAAUGUAAAAAAAAUAUAAAAUAUCGUAUCGACGAACUAUUACAGAGUUCUAAGGUGAAGAGCAGCAGUGCGAAGCCUGAAGGAGUUUGAUAGAGCUACGAUUUAUAUGUGAACUUUUGUGCUGCAAAAGCGUCGCAUUUUCAAGCAUAUAAAUUAUAGUCAAGCAUGAAAACAUCGAAAAGUCGAAGCUCUUCCUUUUUCAUUCUGGAUCUCGACUUUUUUUUAAAAAAGUGUUUACAUGUCUCAAAGUUCCAUCGAGCUCGUUCGAGCUUAUAAAGAAAGAAAGAAAAAAAAACACUGAAAAAGAAGGCAAAAGCACUCGGCUCGCAAAUCUUGUCUGUCGGUUGCCUUUACGUAUCUGUUAUAAAAUCGUUUCUUUCACUUCUUCGAUCGAAACUUAGAUAGCGGUAAUUUCGUAUAUAAAGUUAACGGGAAAAAAAGAUAUCUAGAUCGAACCCUCGGCAUUCCUAUAUUGAAGGUUUUUCUCGAAUAUUCUAAAUAAAGAAAAUAAAUAAGCAAAGAGGGAUGCGCGAUCAUCGCGCAUGUUCGCUUCCUUCGCGUCGUUGUUUUUUCUUCGAGAUGAGAGAGAAUGAAUAAUAAGAAUAUUAAAGAAAAAAGAUCGCGUGCACUAAAGAAAGCAGAAUAAAGAAAGAUUGGGCAAAAGUCGGAGGAGCAGAGAAAGACAAACAGCAAGAAAGAGCAAACAAAUGGAUAAAUAAUAAAUAACGUCGACACCACUUUUCGUAAAAUCACGAAGCGGAUUGCGUAAGAACGUGCGAGGGCAAGAGAGAGAGAGAGAGAGAGAGAGAGCGUGAACGAGAGCGUGAAAAUGUGAGGGAGAGCAAGAGCUGAGUAAGAACGUGCGUGUGAGCGAAAGACAGCGAGAGCUUGAGCUGAGCGUAAGAAAGAGAUUUAACAAAAAAUAACAAAACAAUUUAAAAUCGGUUUGUGCACUUCCUAGGAAUGCCAGUUACGAAUGCAGGCGGAUUAUAAUCUUGAAAGACUUGCGCGUGCGAUUUAAAGCUUCCCUCUUCAAGCGGGUGGGGGGCCGAGAAACGCGUCGUUUACUUAACAAAAAUAAAUAAAUAAAAGAACAUUUAAAUGAAUGCGAGCAAGCAAAGCAAAACACCGAAUGAUUAAAAGAAAACUACAUCAAAUGUAUCGGUGGUUCAGUCAUAAUAUAUAUGUAAUAUAUAUUAUAUAUAAUUAAAUUUAAUGAAAUGAACAGGAAUUCCUCCAUAGUCCUUUAUUAUUAUUAUUAUUAUUAUUAUUACUUAUUAUUACUUAUUAUUAUUAUUAUUAAUUAUUAUUACGAUUAUUAUUUAAAAACGUGAAAAGUUGAGAUGUGGUGAUGAUUAUGAUGAUGAGAUGAUAUGCUGAUGGUGAUAAUGAUGGUGGUUGAUGAUGCUAAAAAAACAAUAAAAAGUGAUAAGAACGUACUUGUAUUUCUGGUGACCUAGAUUGCAUUGAUCAUUGAUGAAAAAAAAAGAGAAAAGCAAAAUAAAUGUAUCGUCAUUUUUAGGUCACAA